AUGUCAUCGAAAAAGAUUCACAGCCGUUCAGAAUUUACUGCGCUGAAGGAGUUCAGUGCAGGCGGUUCUGAUGCUGCCGGUACGCUGGAGAAGUUUACCGAGCCACUCCGAAAGGCAGCAGGCAAUGGUAACGAAGACGAAAUUUCUGACGCUCUUGCCUACGAAUGGAAGUCUAUCCUUACUGUGGCCGAGAACACCACACACAGUGAGCAGUCACAUCUGAUUGAUUUCGUAACACGGUUGCGCAAGGAGACCUUGAAAUCCAGCAGCGGUGGCGCGAUCAGCCAUGAAGGCGGCUCGAUCUGGACAGAUCUUCCAACAUUCGGUUGGCAAGUACGCGAAGCCUGGGGCUUCUCUCCAAAGCAACCCGGUGCUGACGAGGCAUCGAAGACACCCUAUGUUAAUCAAAACGCAUUUUUGGCCCGUUUGACGAAUAUGUCCACAGCUGGAGAUGCCGAUGACACUUUGGAUUUCUCCUUGUAUGCUCUGUGGAGUCUUCGCGAAGCCCUUGAAGAUGACGCGCCGGAGGAAACACCUGGAUACGGCGCGAUACGAGCUGCUGCCGUGUGGAUGAUUUACAGCGCCGAGAAGAUCUGGCAACUAUCGGAGGCAGAGAAGGCGUUCGAUGGGAAGCUCGCGAAGGCAGGGAGGAAGUUCAAGGAUGAGGAAUGGAGAGGGUUUAACAACGAUCGAUGGAAUGUCUGGAAGGACGAAUUCCGGAAGUUGGCGAAAUGCCCAGACCCAGAUGCAACAUCGUUGGUCCAGAAGGCGCUGCAGAACAUGGAGAAUAUCCAAAAGUCCUAG